GGGAGAUAACCCAACAGUUCUAAAGGAAGAGAAAUAAAAAGAGGGAGAAAUCCCUACAAUCUUAGAGAGAGAGUAUCAAUCUCAACAAUCCCAAAGAGUAAGAAAGAUAUAAAAAGAGAUCCCAACAAUUCUUUCCCCAAGAAAGAGAAGAAGAGAGAUAGAAAUAAAGAGAUCCCAAGAAUCUCAAAGAGAUGGAAUCAGCGUCGAAGACAGCGUCCCUCGAUCCACUCCUCCAUUCGCUAGGCUUUGAGAUCGAUGAAUUAUCACCGACAAGGGUCACCGGACGGCUGAAGGUGACUGCGAUAUGCUGCCAGCCUUUUAAGGUAUUACAUGGAGGCGUAUCAGCCCUCAUCUCAGAGGCCCUAGCAAGCAUGGGGGCCCACAUGGCAUCUGGGUUCAAGAGGGUUGCUGGAGUACAGCUCAGUAUCAAUCACCUCCAAUCCUCUAAGCUUGGAGAUGAUAUUGUGGCAGAAGCACAUCCAAUCAAAGUUGGCAGGACCAUGCAGGUGUGGGAGGUGAAACUUUGGAGAAGCAAUCCAUCAUCAUCAGAGAACAAGGUCUUGAUAUCCUCAUCCAGGGUGACGCUCCUCUCGAACAUGCCUGUGCCAGAGACGGCGAUGAAUGCUGGGGAUGCUCUAAAAAAGCACGCCAAACUAUGAGUGGUGUGGAAAUCCCGCCGGUAUGCUCUGAUCAGGUCAAGACUAACCUGUGUUCACGCAUGCAUUUAUACAUGCACAUCAUCUAUCCAAGCCAUGGAAGAUACCACUUCUGCAAUUGAGUGCAAUGUAAAUAGAUCAAGACAUUCUCCCACACACAUGCUACAACAUGAAUUUGGCCCACCCAUGGUUGGGAUAUGAAAUAUGCAUUGGUGAUUCGCGCUUUCUGGAAAUUUUAGUGGCAGUUUGCAAACAUAAUUGGAGUUGAUUGCAAAUAAAUGUGGUUAACUGAGAAGAAGCUUGAAAUCUUCACUGGCUAAAGAGGUUUGCUAGAAUACAUCUGGACAUAUUGCUGUAGCGAAAGUUAGGAUGGCCCAAGCGGUUUAUAUGAUGGACCCCACCAUGGAUUGGGGGACACACUUAAGGAAAAAUCUUAGAUUGAAAUAUUUAAACCAUUUGAUUAUUCAAAUGUUUAGGAGACUGUUCAUAUUCAAAGAAAAAUAUGCAAAUGAUCAAUGGUUGAAAUGUUCCUAUCUUA